UAUAGCGUCUGUUUCCCAAAACCUCAGAGCACCUCUGAAACGGAGGUGCAUAUUAACCGCGCGGAUUAGUUGUGCCGUAAGGUUUGGUCUAUUGUGACCCUGUGGAAAGUCCGGCAAUUUAGGAGGUGGCGGUGGGAAGAGGCAGGCUAGCGGAGAUUAUAUUGCCGGGGUUUGAGAAGGCCACGUGUUGCUGUCCGGGCGAAUGCAUUGGAGGCUCCGGUGCGAAACCCGGUGUAUCCGCGGCGGUGACAUUGUGAGAUAACGGCGCUUCCCGCCCGGCGUGCGUUCAAGUUGAGAUCUAACACGACCAGGCUGGUUUUUUUUGUCACUAUCAGAUCUGCUCUUCGUCCGACACCAUGAGCGAGUAUUUCUCCCUGUCCGAGUGUGACGUUAUCGGCUUUGAUUUGGACCACACGCUCUGUCGGUACCAUUUAAAGGAAACCUCCAGGCUCAUCUACGAGAGCUUCGCCAGGUACCUGGUGGAGCACAAGGGUUAUGACAAAGACCUGCUGACUCUGAGCCCGGCCACGUGGGAUUUCUGUUUUAAGGGCUUAGUGGUGGAUCUUGAAGAUGGAAACCUCAUUAAGCUGGCUCAAGAUGGAACUGUUCUAAGGGCUUCACAUGGGACCAGACACCUGAGCACUGAAGAGAUUAUUAAACAUUAUGGUCCUAAGAGAGAAUGGAAGCACUUUGAAAGCCUCAAUACCUCUUAUACCAGAUCAGCUAAGUACUAUUUUUAUGACAACUAUUUUGACCUUCCUGGGGCGCUCCUGUGUGCCAAGGUGGUGGAUAUGUUGCACAAGCGUGGGAGUGAGGUAACGGUGGAUUUAUGGAAAGAUAUGGUUGCUGCCAUAGACCACAAUUACAAUACAUCUGCAUUUAAAGAGGAUGCGGGCUGGUACUUCCCCAGCGUGAAGAGGGACCCGGCCAGGUACCUGCAGCCCUGCUCCGACUCCCUCAAGGCUUGGCUGCGCAGCAUGAAGAACGCAGGCAAGGUGCUGCUCCUCAUCACCAGCUCCCACAGUGACUAUUGCCGGCUGGUCUGCGAGCACAUUCUAGGGAGGGAUUUCGAGGAGCUGUUUGAUGUCAUCAUCACCAACGCCCUCAAGCCCGGUUUCUUCUCUCUGGUACCCCAGCAGAGACCUUUCCGGACCCUGGUGAACGAUGUGGAGGAGAGCGAGGGGCUUCCCUCCCUGGAGAAGCCGGGCUGGUACUCCCAGGGUAACUGGCCACAUCUCCAUGAGCUCCUGAAGACCAUGACAGGGAAGCCAGAGCCCAAGGUGGUCUACUUUGGGGACAGUAUGCGCUCAGACAUGUUCCCAGCCAGCAGCUACGGAAAGUGGGAGACGGUGAUGAUCGUAGAGGAGCUGGAAGGGGAAGGUGUUCAGCGCAACAUUGCUGCCAAACCUGCAGAACCACCGCUGGAACCUCUGGGGAAGAAGGUGAAGUAUGAGGAUCAGGGCAUGAAGACACCCUCGGCUGCGUCAGAGCAGUGGGGCUCCUACUUUGUGGACGCACACAGGAGCGAAAGCGGCGAAGACGAGGUGCCGAAGCUGACCUGGUGCUCCUACAGCAUCCACACGUACAGCACCGUGGCCAUCCCCAGCGUGGAGGCCAUCGCAGAUCUCCCACUGGAUUAUAAAUUCCCAAGAUUCUCCCCAGAUAAACCGACCACCACAGGCUACUUCCCAAGACCCCCUGAUUCACUACUGAAGAUGUAUGGAACUGUACCCUGAGGCCCGGCUGUAGCCGGCUGGGGUUGGGUGGGCUUGGGGAGGGGAGACCUUGCCAUGCCUGUAGUCUUUCAUGUGAACCAUCCAUCUCUGUAGAGCACAGGAAUCCUACACACCUCAGUGUAAACCAUGUGAAUGUAUUACACAGUACAUCCAGGGUCUGUGAACUUCAGUUCUUUUUUUUUCUAAACAUCUUUAAAUGUUAUUAUAUAAUGUGACUUGCUGAUGUACCUGUCAAAAUGUUCAGUAAAUGUUUUACAAUUGCUUUCCCUGAUCAAUAGGGAGGGAAGCCAUAGAAGACGAUAUGUAAAUUAGUAUAUUUGAUGGAAAGGCAGUAUUUAAGAUCUGGAGUUUAUGCUGGGUCAUUGGAAUCAAAAUCUGAAACUGCAGGGAAAUUCCUGUUAAGUUUUACUGCAACUACAUUGUGGUAGAAGUAAGUUCAUGUACUGUAUACUGUUUUGUUUGUACUGAAGUUUGAUUUGAUUUAAUUUGUUGUGAUUUUUUAAAAGCUUCUGUUGAUCUGAAAGUGUAAUUUAUCGAUCAGGCAUCCAUCCUCUACUCUACUCUACUGUAUUUUGUUCAGUAAAAUUUUAACAAUAGCUGUGUAACAUAAUGAAUGGAGUUCAGAUUAACUCAGUGCUAUGUUUUUGUCCUCUUCUAGAUAUUAGAAAAAUAUCAAACCGUAUUUUCCAUACAGUGAAACACUCUAUGUAGUGAAGUUUUUUCUUCUUUUUUUAUUUUUCAUUUUUAGAUACAAAGUUGGCAAUGCAGGAGAUACAAGGAUGAAGUGAAAUUUAAUUUGUGAGCAGUGUCAUUUUGGGCAUUGUUGUCACAUAGCACUGUCUUUUAAAAAAAAAAAAAAAAAAUGACGAUCUGUGGUCCAAACUCCCUGGAUAUAUUUUUAGAUGGUUUAGUUUCUCACUGAAUGCCAGAAAGCGUACGGUUAUCGCCAGUCCCGCUUCGUGUUUUGUUUUGGUGCAACAGUAAGAUGUUGUGUUGUUGAGUGAUUGUGUAUAAUGUGGAAUACUUGUGCUUUACAUGCAGUAUUUUGUGUGAGAACAUGCUUUAGGCCGACUACUGAAUGGAGACACUUUCAUUGUUUUACAUUGACAAAACUAGCCAUUAUAUAUUAGCAAGGACCCUGCAUUAAAAUUAUGUUUAUAUACUGUAAAUCAUUGUACAAUGGUACUGGCUCGCACUGUGUGACAUAAGUCAGUCAAAAUGUUUAUUCUUUUGGAUGUGUCUCUGUAUUUGGGAUGUUUCAAAAAAAUGGCUUUAGUUACUAUAAUCCUGAUACUUUAAAACAGCUUGAUUUUAAAACAUUUUGUACACCCAUUUUGCCUUAUGUCAUAAAAGUUUGUUGUACACGUCCUAGAAAUUGCAGG